AUGGGUGUCCCAGCCCUCUUCCGAUGGCUCUCAUCCAAGUAUCCAAAGAUCGUUUCCGCCGUCGUUGAAGAGCAGCCGCAGGAGAUAGAUGGGCAGGAAAUACCGGUUGAUACGACGAAGCCGAAUCCAAAUGGCGAGGAAAUGGACAAUCUCUACCUGGAUAUGAACGGUAUCGUCCAUCCGUGCACACAUCCAGAGGGCAAACCUCCACCAGCAAACGAGGGCGAGAUGAUGCUGGAGAUCUUCAAGUAUACGGACAGAGUGGUCAACAUGGUCAGGCCCAGGAAGGUGUUGAUGAUUGCUGUUGAUGGCGUUGCUCCCCGCGCAAAGAUGAACCAGCAACGAUCCCGUCGAUUCCGAUCCGCGCAGGACGCAAAGGCUGAGGACGAGAAGAAGGUGGAGUUCGCAAGGUUGCUCAAGAAGCAGAAGCGUGGUAAAACGGAUGUGACUAUCGCGGAAGAGGUGAUCACGAAAACCUGGGAUACCAAUGUCAUCACACCAGGUACCCCAUUUAUGGAUAUUCUCGCCCUGGCGUUGCGAUAUUGGGUCGCGUAUAAGUUAAGCACCGAUCCUGGUUGGGAAAAGUUAAAAGUUAUCAUCUCUGAUGCCACCGUUCCGGGUGAAGGAGAACAUAAAAUCAUGGAGUUUAUUCGUUCUCAGCGUGCUUGCCCAGAGUAUGAUCCCAAUACUCGACACGUAAUAUACGGUUUGGUUAGUGACACCAACAUUUAUACUUCUAGAUUAGACGAUGCCGAUUUGAUCAUGUUGGGACUCGGUACUCAUGAGCCGCACUUCCGUGUCUUGCGAGAAGACGUAUUUUUCCAGGAGUCAAAAGCAAGGACCUGCAAGCUGUGUGGGCAAGCAGGCCACGUUGAGGAAGCCUGUACAGGGAAAGCAAAGGAGAAGCAAGGGGAGUUUGACGAGAAACAAAAAGGGAGUCCCCUGAAACCGUUCAUCUGGCUUCAUGUUUCGAUACUUCGUGAGUAUCUGGCUGUAGAAAUGCAGGUCCCUCAACAACCAUUUCCAUUUGACCUUGAGCGAGCUCUGGAUGACUGGGUUUUUAUGUGCUUUUUCGUUGGUAACGAUUUCUUGCCUCAUCUUCCAUCGCUGGAGAUCCGGGAAAAUGGCAUAGACACACUUAUUGCAAUAUGGCGCGAUAAUAUCCCACAAAUGGGUGGCUACCUAACAAAAGAUGGCCGUGUUGACUUGGCAAAAGCGCAGUUGAUUUUGCAAGGGCUGGCAAAACAAGAAGAUGCUAUAUUUCGCCGCCGGCGACAGACGGAGGAGAGGAGGAAUGCCAAUGCCAAACGGCGCCAGGAGGAAGACCGCCAGCGCAAAAACAACAACCAUGAGCAUGCACGCAAGAGGCGCAGAGGUUCCCACGGCGCUGAGCCAGCACCAGACAUCCCACCCCUUGUUGUCCCAGGCAAAGGUGAGCUAACCAGAGCUGAGAGAGAGCUGACACACUCCAUGGUUGUCAACCGCGGCGCCGUCUAUAAGGCCAACAUGGCGAACAAAAGCGCUGCUGCGGCUCUCAAGGCUCAGCUUCUGUCCGGCGGAACGGCAGAAGACAAUGCUGACUCCGAGGAUGUUACUGAGCCGGCUGGUUCAUCGCUCAGAAAAAAGCGAAAAUCAGAUGUAUUUGAAAACUCGAAUCCAGACACUGAAGCCGAAGAAGACACAGAAGCAGUUCUAGAAAAGCCCAAAGAAGAUGAAAUGCCACCGGACACUGUACGGCUUUGGGAGGAUGGGUAUGCAGACCGAUACUACGAGCAGAAGUUCAAAGUAGACCGCAAAGAUAUUGCUUUCCGGCACAAGGUGGCGCGGGCAUAUGUUGAAGGACUGAGUUGGGUCCUUUUGUACUAUUUCCAAGGAUGUCCAUCCUGGACAUGGUAUUACCCUUACCAUUACGCACCAUUUGCUGCGGAUUUUGUUGACAUUGGCGCGAUGGAUGUACAAUUUACCAAGGGAAUCCCUUUCAAGCCGUUCGAGCAACUGAUGGGCGUCUUGCCUGCAGCUUCGAAUCAUGCCAUUCCCGAAGUAUUCCGGGACUUAAUGUCAGACGAGAACAGUGAGAUUAUCGACUUUUAUCCUGAAGACUUCCCCGUUGAUCUGAAUGGAAAGAAGUUCGCAUGGCAGGGAGUCGCACUGCUGCCAUUUAUCGAUGAGAAACGGCUGUUGAAAGCAAUGGACAAGCGGUAUCCGCUACUAUCAGAGGAGGAGCAAGCCCGUAAUGCCAUGGGGAAGGAUGUGCUACUGUUAUCCGAGAAACAUCCGCUCUAUGAAUCACUGACGGCCAAUUUCUACUCUAAAAAACAAGGCUCAGCUAAGCUCAAGCUGAACAUGCGCAUCAGCGAGGGCCUGGGUGGGAAAGUCGAAAAGAAUGAAUCCUAUCUGCCUCAUAGCGCUCUGUCUUUAUCCGUGGAUGGCGCCGAUAUCCCUACCCUUGACGAAGAUCGAUCUAUAAGUGUUUACUAUGAGAUGCCCAAGUCGAUGCAUGCUCAUAAGUCAAUGUUGCUACGCGGCGUCAAGUUCAAGGAGCCAGCCCUUGACAAGACAGACUUAGAGAUUACCAGAAAUAAAGCCAGACACUCUGGAAGAUCAUUUGGCGGUGCACCACUCCACUCGAACCGCGGUGGCAGAGGGAGAGGAGGAGGCGGAGGAAGAGGAGGCCAGAUAUCAUAUGCCAGCAACGACCGCCCCAACCCCUUUGCAGCACACUUGCCUCCAGGAUACGUUCCGCCACCACAGCCUCCUGGAUGGAAUCCUGCGCCUCCUGGCGUGUACAACGGCCCAGAUAGAUAUCGGUCUCAGGGACACCCUCGGGGAGGCAGCGGCGGAUACGGCGGUGGGUACGGGGGCCAUUACCAGCAACCACCUCCACAAAACUGGACUCAACACAACCCUCCGGGCUACGGCAAUGCUCCUCACAACUCCUACCAGGACAGGCCGCACUACCAGAGCGGCGGGAGCGGCGGAUACGGGCGUGGAGGAGGAGGAUCCUAUGAUGGCAGGGGUGGCUACCACAGCUCCAGGGGAUCCGGCCGUGGUCGAGGUAGAGGUGAUGGAUAUGGCAGGUAUUAA